GGUAACUGUAGGGGAGAGAGGGGGUGUAUGGAGAAUUAGAAUCUUCGAAGUACUAUGAACAUAAAGAUAGGAAUGUCUCAUUAAAAUUGCUUUGAGAUGGGCUAAUGAAGGGAGAAAAGUCAUAUAAAAGCACUGCGGCUGACUAGUCUGAGCGAGAGACAUUCAUCACUACUCGGAACAUGGACAUCUGUUUGUUUGUUCUCUUCUUUGGAGCCGUCACGUUGUCUGUUCUUCCUCACAUCCAAGCUGAUACUCAUCAUCGCUCCUCCAUUGGAGGUCUCGUUGUAAUUUCCAAGCGCUACAGCAACAACUCCUACUCCUGCUUCGUUCGCCACACCAAGGACGGUCUCGAGUAUCAUUUGACCUACAAUGUGUGCAUCUUGGACCCCUCCACCAUCAACAAUGGCACUGCAGUUACCAACAAUCUGGUAGGAUCGCUCCACUGUCUACUCUACGAGUGUACCAUCACCGCCGACGAGCUGAUGUCUGCCGAUGGCCAGCUGGAAUGCUUCCGUCAUACAUACACACCACCCGCGCCAGUGCUCGAUCGUUUCACCACCUACAGAAAGUGGCCUGGUACGCCGUUCUCGAUACCUCGAGAGAGACGAGUUGGGCGCACGAAGCGUGACUUCAGUUGGGUCACCUUCUUGGAGAAGAUCUCGUUCAUGGGACGGCAUCAGAGCACGGUUAGCAAGCAGAAUGAAGCGUACUUUCAUUACAACUUUAUGAACAAACCAUCGAGUGGUGGUGGUGGUGGUGGAGGUUCUGUUGGAGGUAAUCGUCCAGUACAGCCAUCUCCGCCGGUUGCCGAUACCACUACACCAGCCAUACCAGGACCACCGAUUGAACCAUUGACAGCAGAAGCUUAGCAGGCGUUGGAAAAUGAAAUACAUAAACAGUGGUUCUAAAACAGUGUUUUGAAUGCUUUCUGGAACACAAAACAUCGCUGGAGGACUUCAAUGUUUACAGUAAAUUGAACAAAAGUGAAGAUCUCUUUAGCGGACAUUCAGCCUAGUUACAACCAUUGCUUCCAAGUAAGUACAGGAACAUGCAAUAUCCAAUGUCGCUCGCCAAAAAUAAAUCAACCAGGUUCCCCUACCCUGGACUGACACGCCAAAACGACAUUAGCCUCGAAAAACUGUCAACUCGCCUCCAAUUGCCGCACUCUAAUCUAAAAUGGGAAGAGCGUGAAAGGUGUUGCAUUUCACAGCGCAUGACACCUGUCUUCCUCCCACAUCAAAAACCUGAAACGAAACGGCUGCAGCUCCGAUAAGACCCGCCACUUUUUCUACGCCAAAAACACUGUUCAGGGGAAAUUGUCUGCGCCAUGUUAUUCAUAAAUUAUUGUAAGUCUUUCUGAAAAAACCGGUCCUACAACCACCGACGGGUGUAGUUAUCAGUUCCAACCUGCGACGCUCCGUUUCUCCGUACGUGGACGUAUAAAGCGAUCACUCGCACCUCACUCAAGUGUCAGUGUGUUUAGUGUUGUUCUAUUCAUACCACAUCAACGUAAGCUCGUUCGUUACCAUGGAAAUCAUUUGCUUGAAACGGUGCUGGCUUUCGAUGCUACUGCUAGCGAUGCUGAUGGGAAUGAUCUGCACCGGGGCACCGUUUCAGUGUGACGAAGGAGCAGAAGAAAAUGCGGAGGAAACGUACGGAAAGCUGCAAUCAAUUCCACCGUCCACUACCGAGUUCGCUGGUCUGCAAGAUGAACCGGUAGACUUUGUGCCUUCGAAAUCGCAGCACGACAUGCUGAAGUCCCGGAACUCUAAAUUUCUCGGUGUAGAUCGCAGCUCGGAAGAGGAAUGAUCGGGGACGAUCGUAACGUAGGAGGGGGAAUAAAGCAAGUGUGGUCUCUUCUUACCUCAAAUACAUGAUUUUUGAAUGACGCGUGUAGUACAUCUUCACUUCGCAACCGGGACGUGUACCGUACGCCGGCCAGAUGACACAGGCAGCAGUUGUCAUCGAUGAUGAUUUGGGGUUUUCGUCUGCAAUACAAACACAAGAGAGAAAUCCGA